AAUUUUAAACAUUUAAACGUUCCCCUUUUCUGCUAUAAAAGCUCUUGCAGCUUUCCCUUUCUCUCUACCUCUCUUCCUCAAGCCUCUUCAACGCAGAUCUCUCCUGAAAUCACCAAGGAUUAGUCUUUCUGAUCUGUGAAAAGGGUAAAAAUAUGAAUAGAGGAGGAAGCAGUGGUGGGGGACAAAGCUCUUUAGGGUAUUUGUUUGGAGGUGGAGAGACUCCAAAGCCAGUACCAAAAGCUACUACUCAAGCUGUUCCAUGUGAAACUCAAAUACCAGCUGCAAAACCUGAGCCUGUUGCUGUUUCUGCCCCAGUAGAUGCUACAAAGCAGGUUCCUGCAGGAAUUCAUAGUCAACCUUCCAACAAUUACUUCAGAGCUGAUGGUCAAAACACUGGAAACUUCAUUACAGAAAGACCUUCGACUAAGGUCCAUCAUGCCCCUGGUGGUGGAUCGUCUCUUGGGUACAUGUUUGGCAAUGGUGGAAGCAAGUGAUGUAAGUCAUGGUAUGAGUUCUAAUUAAGAUUUGAAGUUGUAAUCACAAAGAUAAAUGCUUUUUUGCUUUACUGAUUGUGAAAAUGUGCUUCAUGUAAUGUAAUCUAUUUGGUGAAUGUUCGUUUGGAUCA